UCUCGCAGUCUCUGCUUCGGUCCUCUGCGUACGCGGAGCGUUUUUGCGGCCACAAGUGAAAUCCGGGAGAUCAAACAGAAACAAACAGUGGGACCCAUUUUGAUUUCGAGGUUACGGUUAAUUUCCUUUAAUUUUCAUCCAUGAGAUUCUUCAGGCUUACCUUCAAGUGCUUUGUCGACUGCUUUUGAAUCUUAUUCCUUCACCAUCCGCGACGCAUUGUAAAUAUACCAUCUCUGGCUAUAGCUAGUCAGUAAGCUAAAUAUAGCUGAAUAAUAUUUUACAACAACACUGACUAAAAAUAAUAGCAAAAGGGAAAACCAAGAAGGAUUUAAAUAACUAGACAAAACGCAAACUCACGACUUUAUCGCACUUUCUACAUUAUUAUAUUUUGAGGUAUUGGCGUUUACAACUGAAAUGUCGCCAGAAGUGGAAAACCACGUUACAGAAGAUAAAAAUUCCACCCAGGUUGAGUCUGGAGUACUGCUGGAAGAGGAAGGGGCUGUCAUACGCCCCCUGGUGCCCAUGCCCGGUGUUGAGGAUGCUGGUGGGGGAGGUGGUUCGGUGGUCGAGAGAGAAACAUGGACCAGACAAAUGGAUUUCAUCAUGUCGUGCGUUGGCUUCGCCGUGGGACUGGGCAACGUGUGGAGGUUCCCCUAUUUAUGCUACAAGAACGGCGGAGGCGUCUUUCUGAUCCCUUAUCUGCUGAUUGUCUUUAUCGGGGGGAUUCCUGUGUUCUUCCUGGAGAUAGCACUUGGACAGUUCAUGAAACAAGGUGGGGUCUCGGCGUGGAACAUCGCCCCACUUUUCAAAGGAUUAGGCCUGGCCUCCAUGGUGAUAGUGUUCUUCUGCAACACGUACUACAUCAUGGUUCUCGUGUGGGGCCUCUACUUCCUGCUCAACUCUUUCUCGUCUCCCCUGCCCUGGGCCACGUGUGGGCACCCAUGGAACUCACCCAACUGCACUCAGGACUUCAGCAGGCCCUGCCCCAGUCACAGCUCCCUGCUCGGUCCCGCUGUAGAACCCUCCUCCUCUCGUAACCAGUCCUCUCCCCAGCCCCUACAGAACCUUUCUUCUCUCCCCCUACUCAACGUCAGCUGUGCAGAGGUGGAUGGCAUGCGCUCUCCGGUCAUCGAGUUCUGGGAACGAAAGGUGCUGCGUCUGUCAGGGGGUUUGGACGAGGCUGGGGAUGUCAGCGGUCAUAUGGUCUUAUGCCUGGUGGCCACCUGGAUCUUCGUAUACUUCUGCAUCUGGAAAGGAGUUAAAUCCACCGGCAAGGUGGUGUAUUUCACAGCUCUGUUCCCCUACCUCGUGCUGGUGGUGCUGCUGGCCCAUGGUGUCACUCUGCCUGGUGCUCUGGAUGGCAUCGUGUACUACCUGAAACCUGACUGGUCCAAGCUGGCGGAGGCACAGGUGUGGAUCGACGCCGGAACCCAGAUCUUCUUCUCCUACGCCAUCGGCCUUGGUGCGCUAACCGCUCUGGGCAGCUACAACCGUUUCCACAACAACUGCUACCAGGAUGCUUUCAUCCUGGCUCUGAUCAACAGCGGCACCAGUUUCUUCUCUGGAUUUGUGGUCUUCUCCGUACUGGGCUUCAUGGCAGCGGAGCAGGGAGUGGACAUCAGCAGAGUAGCGGAAAGCGGUCCUGGCUUGGCGUUCAUUGCUUACCCGAAGGCCGUCACCCUGAUGCCCCUGGCGCCUUUCUGGGCAGCCCUGUUCUUCUUCAUGCUGCUGAUCCUUGGUCUGGACAGUCAGUUCGUAGGGGUAGAGGGCUUUAUUACUGGCAUCAUGGACAUGCUCCCUCCUAAUUCGCUGGCAGGGUCCCUACGUCGUGAAGUUGUCGUGGCGAUCUGUUGCAUCACUUGCUUCUUUAUUGACCUCUCCAUGGUAACAGAGGGGGGCAUGUAUGUAUUCCAGCUCUUUGACUACUACUCAGCUAGUGGGAUGACGCUGCUGUGGCAGGCCUUCUGGGAGUGCAUGGUGGUGGCCUGGGUCUAUGGGGCAGACCGCUUUAUGGAUGAUGUGGCCCGGAUGAUUGGUUACCAUCCCCUGCCCUACAUGAAAUGGUGCUGGUCCUUUGUCACGCCCUGUGUGUGUGUGGGUAUCUUCUUGUUCCAUGUGGUGAAUUACAAGCCCCUGACCUAUAACUCCAGCUACGUAUAUCCCUGGUGGGGCGAGGCCCUGGGCUGGGGCCUGGCCCUUUCCUCCAUGCUCUGCAUCCCCGUCACCGUGCUCUACAAGCUUCUGCGCUGCAAGGGCUCCCUCAGGGAGGUGGGCUGCCUGCCAAUGGCCAAGCGGAUGCUGGUGCUUUUGUGUGUGUCUGUCACUAAUGGCAAUCCUGCUCCCCCCGCAGCGCUGGCAGCACCUCACUGCCCCGGUGUGGGGCAGACACCACCUGGAGUACCUGUCACCUGAGGCUGAGGCCAAACUGCUGCCCGUUCAGGGGCCAAGCAAGACCACGCUGCUCUUUGAGAGCGUCAUCUGAGCGGCUGGUCCCCGCCUGUAUCCCUCCCUCCUCUUUCUCUGUCGCUCCUUUCCUGCUCAGUAACAAGCUCAGAAGUGACCCACGCUCACCCACACAGAUCCUGCAGAUGUGCACGUUUUCAGCCCUUCGUUGCAGCACUUGGGUGGGCGGGGAGGCCUGGAUGCAGUGCCAUUACUGCCCCCCUCCACCUGGCCUCGGUCCCCCUUGUUGUCUUGCCUCAGCCCCCUGUUCCGUCUGGAUCCCGUCAGUGUCGUGCCUGUCCCGUGCCAUAGCAUGCUGUCGGGAGGUCCCUCCCUGCUUUUUGUGCCCGUCGUCACAUUUUCCCAUUCCUGACUACAACUGUUGCUACGGCAGGCACGCUAGUCCGCUUCGACCCCUGUCUCUGUACAUGUUUGCUGUGAAACCGAAGUACUUCUGACCUAAAGAUAUUUAAUACGUUCUAAAUCAGUAUUUAUAAAUGAUUGUAGUGAUACCACGAAUCAAGCAUUUAGUCGUGAUUUGGUACCAUGUGUUUCCUCAUUGUGGUCGUACCCACAGCCUCAUUAAAAUGAACAGAAAAGAAAUCAGAUUGUUUUAUCCCCUUUGCACUUGGCCACAUCUCCAUUUACUGCUUUCCACCAGUCUGAUGAGUUUUUAGAAGUGAUCUCUUCCGGGCAUAUGUGCAUUUGCACCAUCAUCACACCAGUAUUCAGACUUCAGGUGCUGAAUUUAUCAGAAUGUACAGUACUGUGCAAAAGUCUUAGGCAGUCAAAGAAAAUUAUGUUUAAAUGAUCUUUAUGUUUGUGUAAAACUAUGCUAUUAUUCCUUAGCCAUUUCAAAACCUCUGCUAAAAUCACCGCAUUAUUUCCAGCAACCAUCCGAUACAUCACUACCACUAGUACACCUUGUAUGACUUAUAAAUAUCUCAUUGACUUUUUAAAAUGAAUGAAAUGAAUUGUCAGCUAGUGGUAAAAUUUAAUAAAUACAUGGAAUGGCUACAGUGCCCCUGAGGAGAGGUUUGGGAACUGAAGCGGCGUUCAUCUAGCCAACAAAAUAUCAGCAACUUUUUGGAGAACAGAAGAAAUUUUUACUAGUUUUUAUUGUGUUACUCUUAUUUCGCACAUGUUCUUAUGUUUUUUAGUCAGAGCAAAUGUGCACAUACUACCCAGAUAAAUAGCUUUAAACAUUUCUUUUGACUGCCUAAGACUUUUGCGCAGUACUAUAUGUUUCUGGGAAAACCAUACAUAGGCCACCGGCUGGCCAAAGAGUAAACCACAGUAUUAAAGUUUUAUUUCUUACACUUUCAUCACCUGUUAAGCAGCACAGCUCUCUGCCCAUCUCAGUCUUCAGGCAGCAAUACUGUGUCUGUCCCAUAGCCCAAGGUGACAGCCCAUUGUGUGUUAAGUUCAUGCGUCCUCCAGGUGGCAUCAUGUCUAAAUCAGGUCCACAUGGUUCUGCAGAGUGAGUAGUUAGAAACUCAGUGCCCUGCUGGUGGGGUGCUGGCCCCCUGGUGGCUACCCUGUCCUGAGGGUCCUAUCUCCACCUGCUUCAGUCUGAGGUGCCCAGGGGUUGGACAGCGGCCUUCCUUUGCUGUGAGUUUGUUUUGCAGUGUACAGAUUAAGAGAUCUGCUGUGAGCCACUCACCAUGGGAUACAUAGAUAGAGAAAGCUCAUGUGACUGUUUACCAUGCUCAGCUUCUUGUACCUGUGUUAUCCAGUCAAGGUUGGCAACAAUGCCAGUGGGUUCAGUUUGAUGAAAGGUUGGCUGUCACAUGGCCAGGUCCCUCACUGGAACCCCUCUGAAACGCACUCGAGACCCCAGCAGAAAGCGCUCAUGUCCCUCUCAUUCAGUGGUGGUAACAUGAGCCACACACGUGAAAGGCUAAAAGCCACCAAGUAACCUGAUACUGCCGCUGGCCCCCAUGGAAACUGACCAGACCGAAAAUCCUAGACCUCCGAACCUCGACACAGGCUUCUUGGUCUGAUAAACAAUACAAAGUAUUAUCCACUAAAGGAGAAGGUUCCGGGUUGCCACUCUGAGUGUAGGAGUGUUAACGUGUUGCCUCUCGUGUGUCACAUCUGCAGUUACGGUAUAACAGACAACCUUUGGUGGAAAAGCAGGUUCAGAUACUCCUUGAGUUACUGGGACAGCACAGGCCAAGAGACGAGGACAGAGGCUCUUUGUCAGACGUUCCGUUCUCCCAAUUAUCGCCGGAGCAAGACAGCCCGUUCCUUCAAGCUGUUUGCCGGUAGACACUCGUGUGGUGAUGCCAUUAAAUUAUGCUAAACAAUAUUUGCUGAGAUUAGUAUUUAGAGAGAGUAAACAUAUAGUAGUUAAUAUAAGCUCAAAGAAUUUUUGGAAUUAAUCCCUGUUUAUAUUACAUUAAACUCUCCAUCUAUGACUGCCCAUGGUUAAGAAUAAAGGUGCGGUAGAAAGUAAUCCACCUGCAUGACUCAGUCAGCCAGCUGAUUGUAUGCCAUUUCCCCUCUUCCUGCUACUGAUAGAAGUUUAAUAUAGAGUUAAGUGUUUCCAGCCCUGUGUAUGUAUAACUGUGAGUGUUAAUUUCUGUAGGUUUGUGAAUCAGUGUUACUGUUCCUGAGGGGCUGGUUAUCAGCUUCGUGAAGGGAGCUUGAAGGGGAGGGCUCAGCGGGCGGCAAUGCCGAGUUUAGCAAAAAGCAAUAAAAAUCAAGAAGACGGAAAUUG